AUGCCUUUUGAAAUGACGCGUUUCUAAUUAUUAUUUUCAAUUUGAAUAUUUUCCCAUGUUUCUAUGGAUGUGAAAUGCUGCUGAUUAAAAUCAAGAUUUACUUAUUUAGAUAAUGCUCAACACUGUACAUACACGCAUACAUAUACUAGUAAUUAAUGCAUUGCAAAUAUAGUAAUCAGGUAAAUAAUGUUCAUAGCAUUAUGUGAUCAAUAAAUGAUAAUACAUACAUACAUGUAUGUAAGUGUAAAAAUUAAAUCGUCGUUGUAACCAUGUAUUAAUAAAAACCGUUUGGAAUAACAGCUUCGUAGGUAACAGUUGUAUUGAGUACAAAGGGUUCUUUUCAAAGUUCACCUUGGAUGACGAUGGUACGACGUUUGUUAUCGUUUGUUAUCGUUUGUAAUAGUACUGUUCCCUCAGUGUUCUUAUCGUGCAGUUUUGUGCAUACUUCCGGUUACGACAAUCAUACAUAAUACAUAGAUAGAUAUGAAAUGUCUGGAUUAUAGAAAACAAAGAAUGUGUAAAAGUUACGUGGUGUCGAUCACUCUCAAAGAUGUUGGACAAGAGGCCAUAGCAUGAAAUAUAUUGGUAUAUUCGGAGCUUUGGUAUUUAUUUUGACCCUCGGUAAUCUCCAAUCGGUCACAAUAGUAAACCACCAUCCGGACGAAGAGUAUUUUUUGGAACAUGAAGUACUCUACGAGGAAGCAAUUGCUGAAGCAAAGAAGAUGGAAAUUUAUCCAGCACCAAUUCCAGGAUGCAAACCUUGUACGGAUUCGGAGAUGAUUUACUGUAAAGAUGGAAGCGUCAUAAGUGAUCAUUGUUGCUGUGAUGGCAGUUUUAACAAGGUGUUUCCCUUCGUCGAACACGCUUGUCACGUCGGACCAGAAGAAUGUAAAGUACGGGCCAAAGACUGUGCUGAGUACACAAGGCUACGGGAAUGUUGCUGUCAUUCCUAUUUAGCUUCUACUUCACAUUCAAAAUUAGCCAAGCAAUAAUCGGAUUCGAUUGCGGCGCAACCAACCCGAUCGUAUCGACAUAUUCUUUACUGGACACCGGGGAAUGCGACUUCCACCAUGCAGACGUUAGCAUAACCAACACCACAAUACGGCUACUACAAUUAG